AUGAUCCAUGCUGUAUUAAUCUUUAACAAGAAGUGCCAACCUAGGCUCAUAAAAUUCUACACACCAGUCGAGAUAAGCAAGCAACGGAUACUACUGAAGCAAGUCCAUGAACUGAUAUCACAGAGGAAUAACGAGUACCAAAGUUCUUUCUUGGUAUCACCUCCUGCUGUUUUGACCAACGGGACGCAUACUGAAGAUAAUUCAUUUAAUGAAGACGGAGAAGACAUACAGAUCAUUUAUAAAAAUUACGCUACUUUAUACUUCACGUUUAUUGUCGAUGACCAGGAAUCAGAACUGGCUAUACUAGACCUUAUACAGACAUUUGUGGAGGCGUUAGAUAGGUGCUUUUCAGAAGUGAAUGAACUAGACCUGAUUUUCAAUUGGCAGACUCUGGAGAGUGUUUUAGAAGAGAUUAUUCAAGGUGGGAUGGUGAUAGAAACCAGCGUAUCGAAGAUUGUACAGUCUGUCGAUGACCUGAACAAGGCUUGUGAAUCCACAGAUGGAAAGGUUGGAGGACUUCUUGGGAACUCCAGUUUUGGAAGUGCUUUCCAGGCAUUUGCAAGUGGUGGAUUUGCAAAUUGGGCUGGAAGCCAAUAG